UAAAACAAAAAAAAAACUCUCUCAUUCGAAUUCUUUAAAAAAAUUAAAAAAAAAAAAAAAAAACGGAAACGGAAAGAAAGAAAAUAAAGAAAAUAUUCUCCCGACUAUAGAAAAUACGUAUAUCGAUCCUAAAAAUAAAUUUUUGGAAAAAUCUAAAAUAAAUUAUAAUUUAUUUAUUUGUUUUCAUUUUACUUUCUUCUCUUAAAAAUUUAUAUACAUAUUUAUGUUUAAUUAAAAAAAAAAAAAGAAAAUAAAUUAUAAAUCAUCGUUUUUGGUGUGUUUCUGUUAAUAAAUAUUUUUUUUUAAAUUUCUUUUAUCAUAAAGAAAUUUUAAUUCUCAUCUAUAUUCAUAUUAUUAGUGCAUUGUUUUUAAGAUACGAAAACGGAAGUUUGAAUUUUUAAAGAAAAAAUUCUAAAAUCGAAAAAAACGCAUCUUGAAAUAAAAAAAAAUUGUCGUCACGCUUGUCGGCUCUUUAAAGUUAAUUUUAUAUUUAAAUUCAUUUUUCAUUCGUUGAAUUUGGAUGUGGUUUUGCGAACAACAUUUUCUCGUAGCUCAUCGUUCUAAUAACAUUACGAGUAUAAAUCAGAAUCUAGACACCUAUUUUCGGUUACAUAAAUAAAAAAAAAAAAAAUAAUAAAACAAAAAAAAAAUAAAGUGUGCUGCCAAACAAGAGAAGGAAAAAAAAGUAUAAUUCAUGAGCUAAUACACAAACGACCGUUAAAUUAAAAAAAAAAAUAAAUAGAUAGGUACUUCAUAAUAUAAAAUUUAUGUCUCGCAGUAUCUUGUAGAUACAAGCAAACCAUACACAAAAAAAAAAAAAUUAAUUCGAGUGCUUGUAAAAACAUAAAUAUUUUGAAAAUUAAUAAUUUUCUGUGACGCAAAAUACCAGCUGGGUUUAAAAUACAUUAUAAUCCCAACAACACUGCUAAUAUAGUGAAAUAAAUAUAUAAUUUAUCAACAAAUGAAAAUUUUUUGUUUUUCAAUAUAUUAAUGAAAAAAAAAAAAUAAUAAUAAUAAACUAAAACGACUUUAGACGAAACGACAAAUUACUCAAUCGCCAUCACUGCAGAAGCCUUUUAAGGAAUUCUGCAACGCAAGAGUUUUGAAAAUUUUAAAUAAUAAAAAUUUAGUUUUUAUUUUGUAUGGAUUUUGAACGGAAUCAACUCGAAAAAAGAUAUCCAUUUUGAACGAUAGGCCUAAGAAAAGUCUUUGCAAGAAAAAACACACUACUUUAGUAGAUACUCAUAGUUUUUUUUAAACUAAAGAAAAAUAAAACUAAAAGAUCAAAUAAAAAAAAAACGAAAAACAACCAAUUGUGAUAGAAAAAUUAGUGCUUUAAUUGACGUCAUUUAAAGCAUACAAUCUAAUCAAGUAACCCAAGUAUUUAUAACAAAAUAUAAUAUUUUUUUUGUACAUAAAAUAAUAAUAAUGACUUUAACAUAAAUAUAAGAAAAAAAAAAUAUACACAUAGUUUAUUAAGGACUAUCAUAAACAUUUACUCAUAUUAAAACCAAAGAACAAGCUUAAUUACGGUCAGAGCAUUAUAAUUAAGAAAAAGUCGGAGUAUUAUAUACUAAGAGGAUCAUUAAUUUAAAAAGAAAAAAAAAAUAAUUAAAAGAGAGAUUAACGAAAAAAACAACACGAACAAAAUGUCCGAAAAAGUUGAGCAACAUCAGCAACAACAGCAACACAUGAACAACAACAAUCAACGUAUUCAUAAAUCACCAGAAUAUCAAAUGUCUGGAAUGAUGCCUGGAGGCAUUACGAGGGAAAGGAGCUUUGUUCGAACCAGUAAUCAUCAGAACAUCAACAAAAGACGGAGUCUCGCUUUCAAUGUGCAAACAGGUAUGCAGCCAAAUCAAAUGAGAACAAAGCCUGGCAUGGAUAUCUACCGCCCUCCAAACAUUCGACUCGAUGGUAAUUCCUUGAAUAAUAACGCAAACAACAAAUUAAACAUUCAUGCCCAGGAAUUCACCAUGAAUCGAGCACAACAACAACAAUUACAACAACAACAACAACAUCAGCCGGGUGAUCCACACAAUCCUCGUUCAUCGAUGGUCUUCCCAGCUCCGGGAGGUGGUAAUCUAUUGGCCCAACAGAAGUCUAGUGCUAGUAUUCACCAGCAAAUGCAGAUGGCAGCAGCUGCCGCUGUCAUGGCUGGACGACGUCAUGCAGGACUCUCUGUUGGCAGCAUGCCUUCCAAGGGUAUUCAUCCGGGUCAGAGGACCAUUUUGGUCACACAUCCAAUGCAGUUGAACAAUAUGGGUGGUAUGUCUGUGCCAUUGCCAUCAUCGCAACAUCCAUUGGUAAACUCGCCCUCUAGCGGAAAUAUAUUUCAUACCACUGGAGGUUCCCAACGUGUUAAAUUUGCUGCUGAACCGCAGAAAAUGCACAACAGUAGCGGUCAGAUGAAACCUAAUCCUCACAUGAAUAACAACGGGCAAUAUUUGAAUAACAACAACAAUUCUCAUAUUAAUGGCGGUGAUGCAUACGCUCAGUUAUUGAGUUCGAAUCCGUUGCAACGGUCCAAGUCUUUGUCCUCGGCUGAUGCACUCACUCGUGGAAUUGCCGGAUUAGGAUUGGCAUUGGGCAAUGAGGUGACUGAUAUUGGACAAUUUCCACCAGAUAUUCAGUCUUUGAUUGAUACGGCAUUGGAAGAUCCAAAUCAAUUGAAUUCACGGUGCUUGAUGGAGCUGACUUCUCAUUUUAUUAAGCGUGCUGUUGAAGGGAGAAGAUAUGCACUGCCUAUAUCAAGGCUUUGCUUAACAAUUAUUGCUAAGGAACAAAAGGAGACUUUCUUAGAGGCUCUUUUGAACACGUGCAGACAUUGGUAUCAGGAGAGAGAAAAGCUUCUCUAUACAAUUCAGGGUAUGAAGUCACCAUCUCGUGUACGCUUUACGGCCUUCAUGGCAUUUUUAACAGAAAUGUUUUGUCAACUGAAAAGACGUCAGUUACAACUACGUACUCAGUGCGAUGGUGCACCGCCACCACUUGUUUUGCUCACUUUAUUGGCAAAGUGUUGUGAAGACUGCGUCACACCGCCAGUGAGAUCAUUGUCGGAGAUUGAAUGCUUAUUUUUCGUCCUUACAUGCAUUGGAAGGGAUUUAGAGCAACAACUUCCGCAACAAUUGGAAGUGUUGUUGUCGUUGGUGCGUGACGCUUUCUUAAAUGCAAGCGAUUCAGCCCCAGCUAUACGUCGAACUUUACUACAAUUGAUUGAAUUACAAGCAUCACAUUGGCAACUGCCUGGCAACACUGUUCUUUAUUAUUAUCCAUCAUCAAAGUAGAAGAAGAAAUAUUGAAAUGGUGUUGUUUUAUGUUUUCUUGUUUUUAUUUCAACUCGUUCACUAUCAAUCUCUCUUUUUCAUUCAUUUAUCAUCUUAAUAUUCAUUUUCAAUUAACAAUAACAAUUUUAAACUUUUGAAAUAGCAAUGAAAACGCAUUUAUGUCAGAUGCAUGCAUACACAUAAACUUAUUAUAAUAUUUAAUUAAUUAUUAUUUUCUUAUUUAUUGCUAUAUUUAAAUAAAAAUAAAAUAAAAUCAUUAAAACACUGUAGUGAAAUAUUAAAAA